AUGUCCAAAGUAACUUUCAAGAUCACGUUGACCAGUGAUCCCAAGCUGCCAUUUAAAGUGUAAGUUAAUCUUAUUUUAUUUUUCAACGUUCAGGCUGAGUGUGCCGGAGAAUACCCCGUUCACGGCAGUCUUAAAAUACGCGGCAGAGGAGUUCCGUGUGAAUCCAGCGACAAGUGCCAUUAUCACGAACGAUGGAGUUGGAGUGAAUCCCUCGCAAACAGCCUCGAACAUCUUCAUGAAGCACGGCAGUGAGCUCCGAUUGAUACCGCGCGAUAGAGUGGGUGCUUAUUAA